GUGCCGGGUGAAUAAAUGUUAUGUUUGCCUCCCGUUCGUGGUUUGCAAAAAGUAAGCAGAAAGGCUAAUAUCAAACUGACAACCUAUUUCAGUUAUCCCUCCGAAGAAUUGCUGUUCGCAACUAACCCCGAAGUGUCUGAAAACAUCUCAGGUGUUAUUUUGUUCCAUGAAACUUUGUACCAAAAAGCCGACGAUGGUACUCCCUUCGUGGAAUUGCUUAAAAAGCGUGGCAUUAUUCCUGGUAUCAAAGUUGAUAAGGGCGUAGUGCCAUUGAUGGGUUCGGAAGAUGAGUGCACAACUCAAGGUUUGGACGAUUUGGCCUGUCGUUGCGCUCAAUAUAAGAAGGACGGAUGUGAUUUCGCAAAAUGGCGUUGUGUUUUGAAAAUUGGCAAAUAUACGCCAUCUUACCAAUCCAUCUUAGAAAACGCCAACGUUUUGGCCCGUUAUGCCUCCAUCUGUCAAUCCCAAGGCAUAGUACCAAUUGUCGAGCCUGAAGUUUUGCCUGAUGGGGAUCAUGAUUUGGAGCGCGCCCAAAAAGUGACUGAAACUGUUUUAGCUGCUUGCUAUAAGGCAUUGAAUGACCAUCAUGUUUUCCUGGAAGGGACCCUGUUGAAACCAAACAUGGUAACUGCUGGACAAUCUUGUCCCAGGAAGUACACCCCAGAACAGGUUGCCCAUGCUACAGUAACAGCAUUGCGCAGAACUGUUCCUGCCGCCGUUCCUGGCAUCACUUUCCUAUCUGGCGGUCAAUCCGAGGAAGAAGCUUCCGUUCAUUUGAAUGCUAUUAACAACGUUCCUCUUUUGAAACCCUGGGCGCUUACCUUUUUUUACGGCCGUGCUUUGCAAGCUUCUGUACUCCGUGCUUGGGGUGGUAAGAAGGAAAACAAUGCUGCUGGUCAAAACGAACUAGUCAAGUGUGCCAAGGCUAAAAUUGUGUCCAAUGACGAAUCAACUUUAACUUAUCGGACUAUAGAACGGCCACGAGAUGUCCACAUUAAAAAGUUGCAGGACAACAUAGACACAAUUGAAAAAGUUAUUAACUACGUCCCAAAAACACAUUCGUCUAAGCGUUGCCUGGGCAUACGUCAAAUCUUAAGUGAAGAAGAUGAGGUACAGCCUAAUGGACGUGUCUUUAAAAAGUAUAAUAUGGGUGAUUAUAAAUGGAAAAACUUUAUCGAAUCAGAACGUAUGGCUGCAGCAUUUGGACGCGGUCUUCGCGAAUGCAGUCAGGAACAUCGCAAGAAUAUUGUUAUAUUUGCGGAAACUCGCGCUGAGUGGAUGAUAGCGGCUCAUGGCUGUUUUAAACAGUCUAUGUCCAUAGUUACUGUUUACGCAACGUUGGGAGACGAGGGUGUUGCUCAUUGCAUAAGUGAAACGGAGGUGACAACUGUUAUAACAUCUCAUGAUCUGCUACCAAAAUUCACGCAGCUAUUGGAAAAAUGUCCUCUCGUUAAUACGAUUAUCUUUAUGGAGGACAAAUUGCACAAAACCGAUAUAUCAGGCUUUAAAGAUGGAGUCAAGAUUAUUCCAUUUUCACAAGUAACACGACUAGGCCAAGACAGCAAGUUUGGUAAGUUGGAAUUUAAUAGUAUCAAUUUUUUACUAUAUAUUUUUUGUAGGUCUUGGUGGUUUUGGGCUUGAAAAUCUGUAGAGAUAGAA